UUCCCAAGACUCUCACUCAAAUGUACACACACUUCCUGAUCCUUCAGACCAACAUCAAACAUGAGAAAGACUAUGAGAAGAACGUGACAGAUGAAGACAUGAUUCUCAAGCUGGGGAAACUGGCUUUCCAGCAGCUUGUGAAAGGAAACCUGAUCUUCUAUGAUGAAGACCUGAAAGAGUGUGGCAUUGAUGAGACAGAAGCAUCAGUUUAUUCAGGACUGUGCACUCAGAUCUUCAGAGAGGAGCUGGGCUUGUUUCAGGGGAAAGUCUUCUGCUUUGUUCAUCUGAGCCUUCAGGAACAUCUAGCAGCUCUAUAUGUGCAUCUCUCUUUUACAAACAAGAAGAGAAAUGUUUUCAACCAAACCAAACACAGUCUAUUGUCCAAGAUAUUUUACCAAAAUAAAUAUAAUUCAUUAUCUGAGCUGCAUCAGAGAGCUGUGAAUGAGGCUCUAAAGAGUAAGAAUGGACACCUGGAUCUUUUCCUGAGGUUUCUUCUGGGUCUCUCAGUGGAGUCCAAUCAGACUCUCUUAAGAAAACUACUGACACAGACAGGAAGCUGCUCCUAUAACAAAGAGGAAACAGUUCAGUUCAUCAAAAAGAAGAUCAGUGAGAAUCACUCUUCAGAGAAAUCCAUCAAUCUGUUUCACUGUCUGAAUGAACUGGGUGAUGAUUCACUGAUGCAGGAAAUCCAGGAUUAUCUGAAAUCUGGAGGAAUAAGAGAAACCAAACUCUCCUCUUCACAGUGGUCAGCUCUGGUUUAUGUGUUGCUGACAUCAGAUAUGAACAUGAAUGUCUUUGAUCUAGAACAGUUUAUUGGAGAACAACAUACAGGAGAUGAAGUUCUUCAGUAUCUGUUACCUGUGGUUAAAGAAUCCAGAUCAGUUCGUGAACAGGAGAGUUUUGGGAGACUCACUAAACCAGUCGAUGAGGUCUUUGUGUGAUCUGUGUAACAGUUCCUCCAGAAUUUCGCAGCACUUUUUCAGAUUUCUUUUUCUUCAACAUUUAUGCCAAUAUUUGUGCCAUUUAUUGUGGUGUUUUGCAGAAAAAACAUUUAACUUCAUGUAACUCUUUAAUAUUAAAUAUAUACUUUUUAAAUUUUUUAGGUACUCAAUAUUUGUUUUAUUUUAAUCUGUCUUUUGCAUUUCAACAGAGCAGUAGAUAUUUAGCAAUUUUAGAGCAUGCAUUAAGUAACUAAUGCAAAUUAUGUUUGCAAGUAACUCAUCCAUUCUAUAGAUUGACAAACUAUGCAUCAUCUCCACUUAUUUGACAAAAGAAAUGUAAAAACCAACAUUUCAUUUCUUAUUUGCAUUUCUGUUUAAAGUGUUUGUGAUGCUACAAAUAAGAUCAAAAUCUACUGAAUCAUCCCUGGUUUCCUCUCAAAAGCUGUAGAGCUGUUAGUUGUAGUACAAAUAAACCAAGGCUCUGAGAGUUUGGUUAGUAGUUAACCUCCUUUGGCUUAAUAACACCAGCUUGUUCACCAGCUUUCUUCAUUCACUAAGUUUGAGAAAGCAUAUUUGUACCAUUUGG